UCAUGUCUAACCAUAAGACUCGACCUAAUACGUCAACUCUUGCAUCCUUACUUGUGUCCUUUCCAUCUGAUCUUACCACAGCAUGAUGUAUGAGCUAUGACAUCAUUUGAGCCCGCAACCAAACGAGCUCGACUUUCUGCUCCGGUUGAGGAAGUUGCUCGAACACCCCAAGCGUGCACGUCCUGCCGAGAGCGGAAGAUCAAGUGCUGUGGCAAUCAGCCAUGUCGCUACUGCACAAAGAGAAAUCUGCAAUGCACUUUUGCGGACAAUGGGCGAAGGAAGCUGUAUUCGGUGACUUAUGUUGAAGGUUUGGAGAGAAAACUUGCAUCUGCUACCGCGACCGCGACUGCAGGGGGCCUCGCCAAUGGCACCCCUCCAGCUGCUACAUCCCGCAGCACCGGUUCAGUGGCCCCUACAGCACAAGCGAACACCGAAGGACUGGACCAUAGUUUGGGUACAUCAUCGAUCGUCCUAGAGCCAACCAUGUCUUCAAGCCUCAACUUCGGGUCCCGUAUCAAAAGCCUACACUCUGAGAAUGUAACAGAUUCAGUCGGUUCUACCAGUAUCUGCGAUGCCAGUCCGGACAAUGUUUACAAUCUGGAGCCUGGGGGUCUUAAGCACCGAACAACAUCCACCGAUAUUACAUGGCCGAGCGAGGAACAGGCGCAUGACUUACUCAAUACAGUCCUCGCAUCUAUUGGGAGCUUGCAGCAUCUGAUUGAUCCGAGAUCGUUUUCUGACAAGCUUUGUAGCUUUUAUGAAGAAGACUCGAACCGAACAGGCAUUGACGAUCUUUGCUACAUUGAAAUUCUCAUGGUUUUUGCCUUGGGUGAACUAUUACAGGGUAAGAUGGAAGAAGGCUCAUCAUUUCCUGGAGCCACCUACUUCCUCGAGGCUGUCAGCUGCCUACCUUCGUUGUGUGAUCUACGAAAAUCGGGUACGUUGGCAAUCGAGAUCAUGGGUUUGUUCGCUUUCUUUCUGCAAUGCUCUGAUCGGAAAGACGAUGCGUACGUCUAUGCUGGCGUGGCACUGCGGCUGGCCAUGUCCAAUGGUCUCUCUCGCGAUGAUGCCACAGUUCAGAUGAAGAGAUCUGAGAAGACGCAUCGCAACCGCUUAUGGUGGACCAUAUAUAUGCAAGAGAGGAGACUAGCUGCCGCAACAGGUAACCCUGUUGGUAUUCUUGACGACAACAUAACCACCAAAUUGCCCAUCGAAUCCGCGGGUUUCUCACCGACACCGGCACUGAAGAUCAAUAUCGAGAUCGCGAGGUUGAGUGGUUUGAUAACACAGGGACUAUAUGGACUCAAGGGAAGAUCUGAAGGACAAUUCCUGCGCACUGUACACGAUCUCCUUGGAGAGCUUAAGUCAGUGAGAAGAGACCUUGCAGCUGAGUUUCCAUUAGAAUUUUCGAAAGCUUUUACCGUUACAAGGACGGGUGCGACACUGUAUCUGAUGCUAUUCCAGGCUAUUAUACUGACAACAAGACCAAUUCUCCUCCAUCUCGCUAAAUCGAAGCUUCAAGGUAACGACACAGACCUUUCAAGCACUGCAUCUUCCACUCUGCACGUGCUUGCAGCGACGUGUAUAGAAGCUGCCGGUAUGACUUUGGACGUUCUGCUCUCGCUCAAGCAACAGGAACUGCUAGCUAAAUUCGGAUAUUUCGAUUUGGAUGCAGCAAUCUCGGCCGCUUUUAUUUUCAUACUUGUUGAAAGCCUUCAGUCUGUUGGAUCAUCUCGCUCAGGACUCCAUGGCAUCCGAAGUGCGACAAGCAUACUUCAAUAUCUCAUCAAGCAUGGCAACAAAGCUGCUGCGAAACGCAUGUUAGAUGUUGAACAUAUCUGUCAGCACCUCGGUAUUGGAAUUAGUGUUCCCACUAUUGCCGGAAGUCCUGCUGCUGCUGAAGGGCCAUCGGAUAAUUUAGAUCAUGGAGCCUUAUGUGAUCGUCUACCGUCUGCGGAAGAUACAACGAUAUCCAACAAGUCACACGCAGCAGAUACGUACCAAGAGCCUACCUUAGCCACUAAUUGGCGGCAAGCUCUCUUCGAACUGCCAGAUCAUACUACUCGCUUCUCAAACAGUCUGGGAUUCGACAACGAAUCGUACGAUAUACCCUCUAUUGACGACAUCGGCGAUUUCAACCUCGAUUUUGGUAACGACUUCAUGCUGACAGGGGCCGACGAGAUAGAUUGGGAGGAAUUCGAGCGACAAAUCCCCCGCAAUCAAUGAGCAGAUACAAAAGAUCUCUGGAGAGAGAACA